AUGCCAACUUCAAAAGAAGGUUAUCUCUGGACCAGCAGCGGCCUCACAACUGGCCUUGAAACAGACUCGGUUAUCAAUGGUACGCCCGAGUCGGCACUCCUGGAGAAGUAUGAUGUUGUUGUCAUCGGAACAGGCUUUGCUGGACUUAUCGCCGCCCGAAACAUCAGUUUGACCACUGGUAAGGUUCUUCUUGUCGAAGGUCGCGAUCGCAUUGGCGGAAGAACAUGGACAGCCAAAGCUUUGGGUGAGGAGUUUGAGAUGGGAGGAACAUGGGUUCAUUGGGGCCAGCCGCACGUUUACUCCGAGAUUCACCGCUACAAUCUUCAGGGCAACCUCAAGACCUCAGCGGGAACAGCGGAUGCUAAAUACACAGCUUAUACUGCAAGCUUUGCUGGUCCAACCAAGCUCGAUACCAAGGAGACAAACCAAACAGUCCAGAGAGUAGCCGAUGCUUUCUUCGACAUUGACAGCUUGACCAGUUACGAUUUAAUGCCAUAUCCCCACGAUCCAUUGCGCGAACCUGCGCUAUGGAAGAAAUAUGAGCACCUCUCCGCCAAAGAUCGCCUCGACCAGUUGAACAUUCCUCAGGUCGAGAAGGACAUGUUUGAUGCCAUGAUCAGCUCUUUUGGCUCUGUGCCAGGUUCGCAAUGUGGUUUUGUCGAAGUGCUGCGAUGGUAUGCACUUGGCGGCCAUUCCAUGGCUGGCGUUUUCGAGCGUGCUGGGCUUUGUAAGCUUGGAAAUGGCGGCAUGACAUCGCUGGCACUGUCGAUAUUGUCCGAGUAUAGGGGACAUUUACUGUUCAAUACUGUUGUUGAGAAGGUCGACCAGAAUGGCAAUGGGGUAACGUUGACUACAAAGAACGGUCGACGUAUCGAAGCCAAAUAUGUGAUCUCGACUAUCCCUCUGAACUGCUUGUCGGAUAUCUCGUUCAAUCCUCCUCUCUCGCCACUCCGCCAAGAGGCUGUCAAGGCAGGCCAUAUCAACCAAGGCGCCAAGAUCCACUUCAAGUUGAAGCAAACCGAGCCUGGCUGGUUCGCUAUGGCAAGCGGCUACGGGCGGUCCCCGUGGUGCUUUGCAUUCUCUGACCACAACGGCAAUACCAACAAGAACAACGGUACAUAUUGCAUUGGCUUUGGCUAUGGCGGGCACCUCGCAGACCCACAAGCUAGCGAAGAUAUCUCCGCAAGCUUUAAGGAACACAUCAAACCUGAUGCGGAUAUUGAAGCGUAUCUCACCCACGACUGGAUGAACGAUGGUCUUGCAAAAGGGACCUGGAGCUGCUGGGGACCUGGCCCGGCUAUGAGUCGUUGGCUCAAGGAGCUUCAGAAACCUCAUGGAAGAGUAUUCUUUGCCAGCGCUGACUGGGCCGAUGGAUGGAGAGGUUUUGUUGAUGGAGCUAUUGAGAGUGGUAUCACGACAAGUAUUAGUGUUAUGAGGUUGUUAUGCUGGGAAAGUUAUUUAUUUAAACUUUAA